AAAGAUUGAGAGAGCUUUAGUUUUGAGUAAGUUUCUACAGCAAAUAAAUAGAGUCAAACUUAAAUCUUUUAAGUUUCUAAAGCAAAUAAAUUCUAGAUAUAUUACACCCAUAGAAACCGCUCAUCCCAAGGCACGAACACGAUGACGACCGAAGAAGAGAUGGUCAGGUCAUCGUUGAAAAAAAAACAAAAAAUGAUGAGGAAAUCAUCAUCAGAGUCGUCUCCCAAGUCGUUUUUGUCUUUACCCUACGACGUUGUUUUCAACUGUCUGUCUCGUGUCUUGAGAACCCACGAUCCAAUUCUCUCUCUCGUAGGCAUUUUCAUUGGUCCUUCACUCAUUCUUCCCGAUUCGGUGUCCAAGAUCUUAAAGCUUGAUGAGGGAAUAAUAGAUCCGGGAAAGAAGAAGAUUUUUGUACCAAUAGCUAUAACAGAAGAUUCUGUAUUUUUGUACCAAAUGCGAGUGAACCGAUGGCGUAUUUGUGUAGGACUUGUCGGUGGAAAGAUUUAUGUGAUUGGAGGCUACAGUGACGACGAGAUUUCAGCGGAAGCCUUUGACUUAAAGUCGAAAAGUUGGGUAGCGCCGAUUCCUAAGAUUGAACAUAAACACUGUUGGAUCAGUGAGGCAAAGGUUUCAAUUGACAGUAAGGUCUGUGCCUUUAAUCGUUUAUUCGGCUAUAUGAGUUGUUAUAAUUCUAGAGAUGGUUCUUAUGAGACAUUGGAGUUGCCAAAUGACCAAUGGUGGAAUACGGGAAAAUGCGUGAUUGAAAAUGUGCUUUACAUUUACUUGUCUAAAUUUGGGUUGAUAUGGUAUGAUUCUCAAUUGUUGCGAUGGAGAGUGGUUUAUGGUCUGGAUCUUGUCGAAGCUCGAUGCGUUGGAAUGGCUGAAUAUUAUGGAAAACUGGCCUUUCUUUGGGAAAAACCAAGUCUUAAAAGUAGUGAAAGCAAGAGAAUAAUUGGUUUGCUUAGGAGUAAAGUAGGAAUUCGUGGAACUGAAGAACCGUCUCAGCUUAGAUUGAUUGUCCCUAGCUGCUAUAAAUUUUAUCAUUGUCUGUCUCUUUCCGAUGAUGAUGAUGUUUACUACUUUCUUUAGUCUAUCAAUACAGUUUGUUUACACGAUUAUGUAUGUAUUGCUGCGUGUACUUCUCCAACUCUCCAUUUAGUCAUUAAUGUUGCAGUUUCAGCAUCUUGCUAAUCGAUUUUGUAGUGUUCACUUAGCAAGUUUGUGUGAAUGUAAAUUCACUCAGAUUGAAUAAAUUUUGUCGAUUUAUAAGAUACCAGUACGAUCACACGAAGAUAAAGAAAUUGAAUUUAUUAGAACAUAGUUAUGCUCUGUUUAUUGUGGAAACAUCGAACAAAAUUUCAACCCCAGAUUACAAAACCAUCACAUCACAUCACACAGCCAAAAAUUAUUGGCAUCUUUCUUUCUCUCUCUCUCCCAAAACUCCACAUUCAUUUACAUAAACCAGAUCUACAAUUUCUCAGAUUCCGACAAUCGGGAAUUUGAAAACUAGUCAUCUCCGAUCCAUAAAAAGAUGUAUAGAAACAGAGCAAAUCUUUUAGCUUUGGAGAUAUAAAGUGGUUUUAGGAGGGUUUUUGUUUUUAAAGGAUAGAUUUUAGACAAAAAGGUAUUUAUAUAAAA